AUGGUCCGCUCACCACCCCGUAGAAGCAGGGACAACGAUCGCGGCUACCGCCAGAGGUCGAGGAGCCGUGAUCGCAAUGUGAGAGAGCAAUUCCCACCAGGUGGACGCAACGGACACUCAUCUAGGGGCCAGCAUCGGUACGAUGAUCGCAGACGCAACGAUGACCGAGACCGCUACCACGACCGCGACGACCGACGCCGGGGCGACCGAUACGAUGAUCGCCGUGAGCGCUCUCAACCCAGGGAGAGGGAGAGGGAGAGGAAGAGGUCAAGAGAUGGAGAUCGCAAUGGGUCCGACGACCACGCCAGGAAGCGGUCAAGGUUUGAAGAAGAGUCUUCGCGUGGUGCCAACCGCCGAGACGACAGAGGUCCAAGGAACGAUAGGAUGAGCUCGAAAGACCGCGAGUCUUCUCGACCGUCCACUGCCGACUCCUCAAGGAAAGCCGCCGCCGAAGCUGAGGAGGAAGCGAAAAAGGCCAAGCUGGCGAAAGUGGCGGCUUGGAAGCAGAAGCGUCUAGUAGAGUCAGGCAAGGGUGCCGCAUCACCAGCAGCUGAGUCUCCAUCUGCCACAACCCAGGUACCCACACCAGACGUUUCGUCACCUCCCAAUCACGGAUCUCCUAGCAAAGAUUCGCCUGCACCGGCUUCUGGCCCAGCAUACGCUGGCGACUUCGACCCUGCCGCGGCCGGCAAGAAGGCGUUCGACCCCAAGGCUAUUGCCAAGCGUGCAGCAGCAGCAAUGGAGCGUUCAAAGGCUGCUUCUCUCGGCGGCGACGUUGUCAUACCAAAGUCUGUGAACCAGCCAUCGAAUGGUGUCACAACGCAGGCUAACAACAGCAAGCCGGCAUCGAUGGGCAAGCCCAAGAUGUCACGAGCGGACGCCAAGAUCUCUGGUUUCGGUCUGAGCAAGGCUGCUGAGAAGUCAGACAAGCUCAGUGCUGCUGGCAAAGGGACCGCUGCGCCUUUGGAGGAAGAGGAAGAAUCCAAGCGCAAGUUAGAGAAGCUACCCGACAUGCCCAUGACUGAUGUCAGCGAUGCUGCAUUCGCUAAUGACGAAGACGCUCAGGAGGAAGGCGAUGCCAUCCGCUCGGAAGAUGAGGAAGAGGAGCAUUUACGCGAGGCGGCUCAGAAGCGGGCCGAGCAAGCACAAGCUGAGCAGGAAGACGUCCCCAUGACCGACGGCGAUGCGGAUCCUGCCGACGCUGAAACCAGCAGUGGGGCUGUCGAAGACGUCAAGAUGGGAGGUGAAGAGGAAGACGAAGUCGAUCCACUCGAUGCCUUCAUGGAAGGACUCGUACCCUCCGCGCCCAAGAGCCGUGUCAAUCUUGCCAUCGGCAAGAAGGCCCCUCAAAUCUUCGAUGCAGACGAUGAGCAGGGUAACAUGGCUGCAGUCGGCGACGCUGACGAUGACGAGAUCCUCAAUCUCGCAGCUAAGAAGAAGAAGAAAGAGAUGCCGAACAUCGACCACUCUGCAAUCAAGUACGACGACUUCCGCAAGAACUUCUACUCUGAGUCGGUCGAGCUGGCGGAUAUGUCGCCGGACGACGUCGAGGAGCUCCGCAUGGAGUUGGAGAACAUCAAGUGUCGCGGCAUCGAUGUUCCAAAGCCGAUCAUGAAGUGGUCGCAAGGUGGUUUUGGAGCUCAGAUUGUGGACGUCAUUCGCGAGCAGAAGUUCGAGAAGCCGACACCCAUUCAGUCGCAAGCCCUCCCAGCGAUCAUGUCUGGCCGCGAUGUCAUUGGCAUUGCAAAGACAGGUUCCGGCAAGACGCUCGCCUUCAUUCUGCCAAUGUUCCGGCAUAUCAAAGACCAGCGCCCGAUCGAGAACCUCGAAGGGCCAGUAGGACUGAUCCUUGCACCGACACGUGAACUCGUCACUCAGAUCCACCGCGAAUGCAAGCCCUACCUCAAGGCCAUGGGGUUGCGUGCCGUUUGUGCUUACGGCGGAGCACCGAUCAAGGACCAGAUUGCUGAGCUCAAGCGUGGGGCUGAAAUUGUCGUUGCCACUGCUGGCCGCUUCAUCGACUUGCUGGCCGCCAACGCCGGUCGAGUUACGAACCUGCGCCGCGUCACGUACAUGGUCAUGGACGAAGCUGAUCGCAUGUUCGACAUGGGCUUCGAGCCUCAGAUCACCAAGAUCCUCAAGAACAUCCGCCCAGAUCGGCAAACUGUGCUGUUCUCGGCUACGUUUCCAAGGAACAUGGAGGCGUUGGCUCGGAAGGCACUGACGAAGCCAGUGGAGAUCAUCGUGGGUGGGCGCAGCGUUGUGCCGCCAGAGAUUACUCAGGUCAUCGAAGUGCGCGAAGAGAAGACCAAGUUCAAGCGUCUGAUCGAGCUUCUCGGCGCUCUCCACGACAAGGACGAAGAUGCGCGGUCUCUCAUCUUCGUCGAGAGACAGGAGACAGCCGACAGGAUGCUGAGAGACGUCAUGCAGAAGGGAUAUCCCAUCCUAGCUGUCCAUGGCGGGCGCGAACAAAUCGACCGCGAUCAAUCCAUCAGCGACUUCAAGGCCGGUAUCGCGCCAGUCAUGGUGGCUACGUCCGUCGCUGCCAGAGGCCUGGACGUCAAGCAGCUCAAGCUUGUCGUCAACUUCGACUCUCCGAACCACAUCGAGGAUUACGUGCACCGCGCUGGUCGUACAGGACGUGCUGGCAAUACGGGCACUGCAGUCACCUUUGUGACGCCCGAGCAGGACCGCUUCGCUCCAUUCCUCAUCAAGGCGCUCAAGGACAGCAAUCAGGAGCCUCCAGAAGAGUUGGUGCAGCUUCAGCAAGCCCACGAGGAGAAGGUCAAAUCCGGGGAGGCGAAGAAGGUCGGAUCCGGGUUCGGGGGCAGAGGUGUCGAGAGGUUGGAUGCUGCGCGUGACGCGGAGCGUGCUCGUGAGAAGCGGCAGUACACCACCGGCGACGAGCCAGAGGAGAAGAAAGAAGACGACCCAGAGAAGAAAAAGCAAGAGAAGCAGGUCGAGGACAUGUUGGCGAAGGCUAAGGGAGGGGGCGUCAAAGAGCGCGAAAAGGAGACUACCGCCGACGAGAGUAUCCUUCCCGCAGCACUCAAGACGCUCCUCAAGAACGCCAUGCAGGUCCAAAAGGCCCCGACCCCGGCCCCCGCCGCCUCCAAGCCAGGUUCCGAGAGCGUGGCCGACCGCAUCGCCAAGGCCAAAGCCGCCGCCGCCACCAUCGGCACCCGCCUCGGCAAGUCCGGCGGCACGAAAUCCGGCACGCCGAUGGACAACCGCGGCCCGGACGCCGGCGAGUACCACGCCAUCCUCGAGAUCAACGACUUCCCGCAGAGCGCGCGCUGGGGCGUGACGAACCGCACCAACGUGGCGCGCGUGCUCGAGCUGACAGGGACGAGCAUCACGACGAAGGGGAACUACUACAAGGAGGGCACGGAGCCGAAGGUGGGGGAUCCGCCGAAGUUGUAUAUUCUGGUCGAAGGGGAUACGGAGAGGCAGGUCGAGAGCGCGAUGGCGGAGUUGACGUCAUUCUUGAGGGCGGGGACGAUUUCGGCGUUGCAGGGGGAGUUGAGCAAGGGGGCUCCGAUGGGGCGCUAUAGUGUGGUGUAA